AUGACUUCAUACGGCGGCUUCACGAAAACAGCCUACGGCGCUCAGGGCGGCGACGAUGCCGGCGGCUUCGUCUACGGCGGCUCUCAGCAGGGCAGCCAGGGCGCCGGCGGCAAGGCCUACAGCGAGGAGUCUCUCCGUCCUGUCACCAUCAAGCAGAUCAUUGACGCCGAGGAGGCAUACCCCGGCGCUGAUUUCAAGAUCGAUGGCGCCACCGUCACACAAGUAACCUUCGUCGCCCAGAUCCGCCAAAUCUCUCCGCAGCCGACAAACAUCACCCUCAAGCUCGACGACGGCACCGGCCUCAUCGAGGUCAAGAAGUGGGUCGACACGGACAAGAAAGACGACGCCGACGCCAACCUCGAGCUCGAGGGCUACGUCCGCGUCUGGGGCCGCCUCAAGUCCUUCAACGGCAAGCGCCACGUCGGCGCCCACUUCAUCCGCCCCGUCACCGACUUCGACGAGGUCAACUACCACCUCCUCGAGGCCACCUACGUCCACCUCUACUUCGCCAAGGGCCCCCUCAACGGCGCCUCCGGUGGUGCCGCUGCCGGCGGCGACGGCAUGUUCGUCGACGGCGGCGACUCGUACGGCGCCGGCGCCGGAGCCGCUACCGGUCCCGCCGGGAACUCCGCCCAGGCCGGCAAGCUCAGGGGGUGCUCGGCCGCCGCCCAAAAGAUGUUCAACUUCAUCAACAACUCCCCCGGCGGCAACGAGGGCAUCCACCUUAAUCAGAUCUCGAGCGGUGCUGGCCUCAGCGUGCGCGACGUCAUUGGCGCCUCCGACGAGCUGCUCGGCCAAGGCCUGAUUUACACGACGAUCGACGACGAGACGUGGGCCAUCCUCGACUACUAGCCUCAACAAUAGGGAUCACGGGGUGUCUUGGAAGCAAAGGGGGGAGGUGGCGAAUUUGCCAUGUCGUAAAGAAAAAGGAGCGUGCGCAGGAGAGGGAAGAAAAUAGAAAAGGAACCGUGAGGGCUCCUCAAGGGGAUCGGAGGGCUUCAUCGACUCUGGGCCAAAAGAGCUCGGCAGGAAGCUGGUGCGUUUGUCACACAACACGGGCGAAAAAGGGGAGGCGCGCGUGGAACGGCCGCAACUUGUUGAUACGAAUGAUAUGAGUG